UAAGACUUUGAAAUGGGAUAUAGCCAACUCUUUGUUGAGUUAAAGAAGAAUUGCUUCAGCUUAAUACUGAUGUGCAUAAUUCUCUACGUAUUAAUAAGUUUUCGAGAAGAAGUUGAACAUAAAAUGAUAGUACAGCCGCCUAUAGAAGGAAAACCGGAUAAUAGGAUGCUUUUUGUGAACUCCUCAGAAUGCCAGAUAAAUUCGAUGGAUCCUCUUUCUCCCAUGGCGAUGUACCACAUGACACCGAUGCCCUCAGUUAGUUGCUCUAUGAUCAAACUGAUGAAGCCUCAAUCCAUUGACGGAAGGAACUACCUGUACUUGAUCGCCAGCGCAAAGGAGCUGUGGAAAAAGCUAGGAGUUCGGAGGUUAAGCGAUAUCUUUUGCGCCUACAAACGCUUCGUGCGGUUCAAUGACUUUGUGAACAUCUACUAUGAAUCGACAUGGUUUCGCUUUACCAAAUGGAGAAAUUUCACAAAAGUAGAUUCCGGCAAUGUAACUCUGCGUGUUUGGUGCUGGAUGGACUAUGGUCGUCUAGUGUAUCACGAUGUCUUUAUAUUUCUACCAUUCCCAAACCCUGAAAAGGUUAAUAAUUCAGCGCCAGUGAAACGUCUUUCGGUUCUAAUUCUGGGUAUAGACUCUAUUUCCCACAUGCAUUACCAGCGAUACUUCAGUCGAGUAAAAGACUUGAUAGAAGGUCUACCGCACACUGAACUAUGGGGCUACAACCGCGUCGGCCAAAAUUCGUAUCCAAAUCUGAUUCCAUUGCUUAGCGGUCAGAGUGUGGAUGAAGUGGAGGCUAAAAGUGGCUGCUUUGGAGGAAACAGAGGUGCCAAUUUCGAUCGGUGCCACCUAUUGUGGCAUGAUUUCCAGGAUGCUGGCUAUGCCACCAUUUUUGGCGAGGAUUCCCGUGUAGCUGGAACCUUUACUUACGUAAGACCCGGCUUUAAGAAAAGGCCAACUGACUUUUAUUUGCGAAGUGUGAUCAACGAGAUCUACAUGAAAUCAACUUAUUACGCACGAGGACCACUUGAAAUCAAAUGCAGUGGCGAUCGAGUAUACCAUCAUGUCCUGUACGACUUUAUCUACCGUUUGCUGCCCCAUAUGCAGGCAAGAAUGUUCGAUCGAGGAUUCUUUGCAUUUUUUUGGCAGACAAUGGGCGUCCACGAUUAUUUCCAGUACGGGGAGCGGGCCGACUGGGAAUACUAUAGGAUUAUGCGCGCCUUAAAAAGACGAAAAAUCCUUGAGAGGACACUAGUUCUAAUUGUGUCUGAUCAUGGCCUGCGAUAUGGUCCUUUUGUGGACACAUUUCAGGGCAUGAGAGAAACAUCACUGCCCACAAUGGUGGCUAUAUAUCCACGAUCGGUAAUGGAACGCUUUCCGUUGGCCUUCGCAAAUCUUCAAGCCAACGCCCAUCGCCUAGUGACCACCUACGAUCUGCACGAGACCAUUAAAGAUGUGGUCGAUCUGGAAAACCUUAGUGACGAGCGGAUUUUGAAUCGUACUCUGCGACUGCGAAACGAUCACAACGUAUCAUUAUUCCUGCCCAUUCCUGAGGAGCGUAGCUGCUUCUCUGCCCGCAUUCCGCUGCACUAUUGCCAGUGCGAUGGAUUUGUCAAGAUACCAUGGAAUGCGCAUAGUAUCCAGCGGAUAGCCAAGCUUGCUGUGGCCCGCAUCAAUCGACUGCUUGCGCCCUAUCCACAGUGUCAUCAGCUGGAAUUGCUCAAUGUGGAGGAUGCCUAUCUGAGAAAACAACACAAGCUCAAUAAAACGAUCACCGUGCGACUGGUGACGCAACCAGGAAAUGGACACUUUGAUGCAACGGUCCUUUCCAAAAAUGAAACCUCGCUGCAAGGAGCUAUCACAAGGACUGAUCAAUACAGACACCAAUCAUUUUGCGCCCGAGAAGCUCCCAUCGAGAUUUAUUGCUAUUGUUCUUAGAUUUUAGUUGUCAUUCG